AUGCUGAAAUUCGAGGAGAUCCAGGCGGCUCGCAUUCUUUGCCUACAAACGGCUCAGGAAUGUUUCAAAGAGGAUCGAAUUCUGCUGCUGGAGAACAAGCCACUUCGGAGCCGCUCUCAGCUGCUCAAGCUCUCACCGAUUGUAUGCAAGAAUGGCCUUCUACGAGAAAGGAGAGGACGCAAUCCUCGAAAAACUAAGGGCUACAUAUGUUUGUUUGUGUGCCUUGUAACAUCAGCCAUACACCUGGAAUUGGCCGCCCACCUGAGCACCGACACCUUCCUGGCCUGUCUUCGUCGAUUUAUGUCCCUCAGAGGAAAAUGCUCCCAGAUCUUCAGCGAUAACGGAACAAAUUUUGUUGGUGCCAAACGGGCACUAGAUGAGAUGCAGCAACUUCUAUCUUCGCAGGAGCAUCAACACACCGUAGCCCAAUCGCUGGCCAACGAUGGAAUCAAAUGGAGUUUCAUACCGCCACAUUCGCCACACUGGGGAGGGGAAGUGGGAGUCAUCCGUGCGUUCCGUCAAACUGCACCUUCGUCGCGUUACACAGACCUCACAUACUUGUCGCCAGCCCAUUUUCUAAUUGGUCGCCCAUUCACAACAAUCCCGGAAGGCGAUCUAUCUCAUUUGCCAAUCAAUCGCUUGGACUAUUGGCAGCACUUGCAAGCAAUGUACCAAGGAUUUUGGAAGCGCUGGCAUCAAGAAUAUUUAACAUCCUUGCAGCAACGUCACAAGUGGAACAACAAGCAACGCAACAUCUCAGUUGACAAUGUGGUACUUGUCAAGGACUCCAAUCUCCCACCAGCAGCUUGGAUUCUAGCCCGUGUAUUGGAAGCUCAUCCUGGACCAGAUGGACUUGUUCGCGCCGUGAAGCUUAAGACAUCUACCGGAGAAAUGACCCGACCCAUCAGCAAGCUAGCAGUACUACCUAAUUCAGAAACUAUGUUUCAGGGCGGCCCGGGAUGUUGA